GUGCGCUCGUGACCAGAAGCUACGAAUGAGAAGCCAACUUCAACUAAAUGUUUCACGUACGCUGCAGCUGCACGAGGGUCUGUUAUGUAGUCCAAUGUUUCACAAUGGCUUCUCCUUAUUUCACGAAGAGCAGCACUGUCAUAACUCGGAGAGGGAAUCUAAACGCUGGCUGCACACCUGCGGCCUCUCUCAGGUCCAAACUUAACAGCAGACGGAGAAAAGCACUUUCUUCUGCGGCGGUGAAAGUGGAGGUGGCGGAAGAGAGGAUCUCGGAGCAAAGACCCUUCUCGGACCCCUCAUCAUCGGGUAGUUGCCCUGAGCUCCUACCCCAUGGCACGGUGCAUCUAAAAACAGAAAGAGACUCUCUGCCGUUGUCUGCACACAGCCGCAGGAGGAGACAACUGAAGGUAGAAUAUGACGAGGAUGAAGGUGUUACACCAGUGAAGACAGAGCACUGGGAACCUCUGGACUGGAAGAAGCAAUUAGGAUACAUACGUGAGAUGAGGAGCAGCCGUGAUGCACCUGUAGAUAACAUGGGUGCAGAGAAAUGCUACGACACAGAGGCUCCUGCACAUGUUAGACGUUUCCAGGUGUUGGUUUCACUCAUGCUGUCCAGUCAGACAAAGGACCAGGUGACAGCAGCAGCUAUGCAGAAGCUCCGAGCUCAUGGCUGCACCGUAGAAAAUAUACUCGCUACUGAUGAUCAAACACUGGGAAAACUCAUCUACCCUGUCGGCUUCUGGAGGACUAAGGUGAAGUAUCUGAAGCUGACAUCAGCCAUGCUGCAAAAAGAGUUUGGAGGGGACAUCCCAGACGCCGUCGAGGGGCUGGUCCGCCUGCCAGGAGUUGGACCGAAGAUGGCUCACUUGGCUAUGGACAUCGCCUGGGACCAGGUGUCCGGCAUUGGCGUGGACACGCAUGUGCAUCGCAUCUCUAACAGGCUCGGCUGGCUCAAGAAACCAACCAAGAACCCAGAGGAAACGCGUAGAGCCCUGGAGGAGUGGUUACCCAGGGAGCUGUGGAGUGAGAUCAACUGGCUGCUUGUGGGCUUCGGACAGCAGAUUUGUCUUCCCGUCAACCCUCUGUGCUCCGUGUGUCUGAACCAGCACAGCUGUCCAUCUGCCCACAAGACUUCUCCUACGAAGAGGCCUAAAGCAGGAUCCCCACUGUCUCCCAGUCCAACUUCAUCCUUUAAAGCAAAAACUGAACCUGAACAGGAAUCUGCCGUCAAAAACGAGGGAACAGAAACGGAGCAGCUGCUCACGCCAAUGUCCCCCACCACCCAGAGAAGGAGGUUAAAAAAGCAACGUUGAUAAUUGAUUUAGUUGUCACAUACAUUUUGGUCUGAGCUGUGACCAAAUGUUUGGACAGGAAGAGUGAAACAUACGCACAGACACUGAAAACAUGCAUCUAAGCUAAACAUUGUUAUGACUGUAUUGUUCAGGAUAUUUGUAUUUUCAUUGUAUAGUCUUAUUUGACACUAUAGCAACACCUUUUACACUUUAUAAAAGAUGAAAUAUUUUUCUACUCUUAGGGUUGAUCCUUUAUUACCAAAUAAAGAAAUGUAUGUUUUGAAAUUGGAUGCAAAGAUCAUUUUUCAAAUUUUCCCAGUUUGUCCAGUAGAGGGAGUUUUUCUCUGUGGCAUGUUGAGUAAAUAAUAACAGGAAUAUUAAAAAAUGUUUUAUUUAAGUGUA